AUGUUUAAUUCAAUUAAAGCAAAAUUUUCAAAAAUUUGUAUUUACUCUUUUUUACAAAAAAAAAGACGGAAAAGACUUGCUCGUGAAGCGCAUAGUUCUUCAGCCUUUGCUCAAAAGGUUCAUGGGCUUAGAGCUAAAUUAUAUAAUAAAAAACAAAAGUCUGCUAAACAAAAGGAUACACAGGCAGUUCCUGAUGGUGCAAUUCCUACAUAUUUAUUAGAUCGUGAAGGACAACAGAAUGCCAAAAUAUUAUCAAAUAUGGUAAAACAGAAACGUAAAGAAAAGGCUGGAAAAUGGACAGUACCAUUGCCUAAAGUUCGUGGAAUUGCUGAAGAUGAGAUGUUCAGAGUUAUAAAAACCGGAAAAAACAAAACAAAGCAAUGGAAGCGUAUGGUUACAAAAGCAACAUUUGUUGGUGAAGGAUUUACUCGUAAACCACCAAAAUACGAAAGAUUUAUUAGACCGAUGGCAUUACGUUAUAAGAAAGCACAUGUCACGCAUCCGGAAUUGGGUGCGACAUUCUAUUUGCCGAUUAUUAGCGUUAAGAAAAAUCCUCAAAGUCCUCUUUACACACAACUGGGGGUAAUUACAAAGGGCACCGUGAUAGAGAUAAAUGUUUCUGAACUUGGACUUGUGACAACUUCGGGUAAAGUUGUGUGGGGAAAAUAUGCGCAAGGUAGGCAUUUAAAAGAUGAUUUUCAUGCUGAAGAAUACAAAACCUUAGGCAAUCAAGCCUUUUCCGCGAAAGAAUACGAAAAAGCGAUAGAAUGUUUCUCUAAAGCCAUUGAAUUAGAUCCUUCGAACCAUGUUCUCUACUCGAACAGGUCUGCGUCUUACUCGUCUUUAAAGAAAUACGAUAAAGCUUUGGAAGACGCGAACAAGACCGUUGAAUUGAAGAGCGAUUGGGUAAAGGGCUAUAGCAGAAAAGGUGCUGCUCUUCAUGGUCUCGGUAAGAUUCAAGAAGCGCGUGAGACAUACCAGGAAGGUCUUAAGAUUGAUCCAAACAAUGCUCAGCUUAAAAAGUCUCUCGAAGAUCUUGAACGUGCUGAGAAAGCAUUAAUGUUUUUGUUGACCGGAGAAAUGAAUUUUCCUCAAGAACCUCAAGAAACCGAAAAACCAGCUGAGCCUGAACCAAAGACUCGUGAUGUUCCCGAACCGGAACCAGAACAUGUGGAAAAGUCAGAAGAAGAGCUUAAGAAAGAAGAAGCAGUCAAGGAAAAGAAUCUUGGUAAUGAAGCAUAUAAAAAACGAGAGUUCGAAACAGCAUUACAACAUUAUGAUAAGGCUUGGGAGUUGGAUCCUACUAAUGUUUCUAUUCUGACCAAUAAGGCGGCUGUAUUGUUUGAGCAAGAAAAUUAUGAAGAAUGCAUUAAAAUUUGUGAGCAGGCUGUCGAUGUUGGUCGUGAAAAUCGCGCAGACUUUAAAUUAAUUGCUCGAGCCUAUGGAAGAAUUGGAAACGCGUAUGUUAAACUUGAUAAGCUGGAUGAUGCAAUUAAAUAUUACGGCAAGUCGCUAGCUGAACACCGAACACCCGAAAUACUUACUAAAUCUAACGAAAUUAAAAAGCUGAAAGACAAACGUGAAAAAGAAUCUUACUAUAAUCCAGAGCUUUCUGAAAAAGCUCGAGAAGCUGGAAAUGAACUUUUCAAAAAAAAUGACUUUGCAGGCGCCGUGCAACAAUACACGGAAGCGAUUAAACGUAAUGAGAACGAUCCAAAAUCUUAUAGUAAUCGUGCUGCUUGUUAUACAAAACUAAUGGCAUUCCCAGAAGCAUUGAAAGACUGUGAGACUUGUAUUAGCCUUGAUCCUACCUUUGAAAUUCAAGGGCAGAUGAGAAAAUGUCAAGAAGCAAUGUAUCAAAAUAGUCCAGAAAGUGUAGAAGAGACAAUUCGCAAGGCUGCUAGUGAUCCAGAAAUAAUGGCAUGUACACCAAUGAUGAAUUUGAUAGUACAAUUAAAUUCUACCGGAACUAAUGAUUAUUUAUUGUGUAGACAUCUUAAGAAUCCUACUGUGAAAGCAAAUAUCGAAAA